GGAUGAAGCCAGUAAGGUUAGGAGCAGUCGCAGCGACCGACAUCUCACUCUGACAUCUUCGCAAUAUUCACCUCCGACCCGUGCGACCUAUCCGCGUCCACCUUGACUCCGACCAGUCAACACUCAACCUCCACAGCUUUGCCGCGCGCUCAUCCAAAUACAUUAUUACUGCAAAAAAUGAAGUGUGUAUUGCUGCUGUGGUUAUGCGCCCUGGUGGCCGUGUCGUUCGGAUACAAGACCGGUGCCCCGGCCAGUCAGUGCGAGAGCAUGACCCCGGGUCACAAGGACUCGAAACCGCAAACCAGCCCCAACCCUUACACCGUCACCGUCACCAAGAACAAAAUCACACCGGGGGAGAAAAUCUCCCUCCGAAUCCGUGGACUCAAUGACGAGAAGGAGGUACUGAGAGGGUUCCUCAUCCAGGGGCGCCACAACAAUAUUCCGGUCGGCAAAUUCACGUCCUCUCUCAGCUUGAAGCUCCUGGAUUGUGCAGGAGGCAAGCAGAAUGCAGCAACUCACUCGAGUGUAGCAAAUAGAACUGGAGUGAGUAUGUUCUGGACAGCACCCACUGAUGUUACAACACCAAUGGUCGUUAACUUUGUGGCGACAGUUGUGAAGGAUUAUAAAACAUAUUGGGUUAAGACACCCAUGGCCAAUGUGACAGUGACACCAGGAAAAGCCUAAAGCAAGCAAAAAAGCUAUCUGCUAUGCAGAUUGACUCUGCGGGCUUUAGCCACAGAGUCUCGUUGAAGAAAGAUCUCUUUUUGAGAGAACUCCUUUUGGAAAAUAAGCAUGUCUCCUUAAUUUAUUUACUUUCUUUCCAAUUGAUUAUAUGUUCCUGCUCUGUGAAAAAUGAACACUUGCUGAAUAUAUUUAGGAUGUAAGAAAAUUCAGAGCAUUAUAUUGGGUGACAUCAUCUUCGAGCGAGCAUGAAUGUGUCAUCAAUUGGCAUUGAUAUUAAUUCCUAAUGUUAAAUUAAAGUUUUUACUGUUAUGUUCCUAAAGAGCACA